AUGGAAAUCCGGAGAGGACAAGGAGGCCGUGUUGAGGCUGAAGCGCCUUUCAGCAUGCUGACUGCUUCGAAGAUCCAAGUCAACCAUCAAUCUUCCUCCGCGUCAAGACUUGUUGAGUUCACACCACAAGAAAGAUUGGUAUACGAGGGCAUCAGACAGCAAACAUCCGCACGGACCAAUGAAGCCCUUGGGGAUAACACUGGAACACACCAGUCACGAUGUCAUGUCAAUGUUCUUCAACAGAUGGAGUCGCUAAGGUUGUUUUGCAACUUGGGACUUUACUACGAGUCAAGGGACGACAGGGGCGCAAGCAAGCACGUGGAAGCUGAUGGAUGGAUCAAAACUGCCCAGACAAUUCUCAACUCGCAACGAGGCAUAUCAUCAAUUACUUGCCUGCACUGCACAUCUGCUCUUGGCUUAACAGAGACUCUACUUGAUGACGCGAACCCCGGCACGGGCACGGCUCAGUACAGCAGCUGUUUGAAGUUCACUUGCAAUGAACGUGUCGACAAGAUCGUUCAUAUCGGAGGGGUUCUAUCAUGCGGUCACACUCCGCCUUGCCAAACAGCUCCAGUGUCAACAAGCGGUUCUGCGUUGGAGGAGACUGGCAAUUUCACAGCUCCACAACUUGGAGCGUCUGCUAUCGACCCUCCUUCGAAAAUAAGAGACCUCACACAUGGCAUCAGAAACGUCUCCUCAAUGGAGAAGUGUGUUGUUUUCUCCUCUUGGAGGCUUACACUGGACCUCAUUAAGGCAGGUCUGGACCAGUACAUCCGCUUUGAUGGAACGAUACCCCAAAAGGAUCGUCAAUCAGUAGUGGAAAGGUUCGAGACGGAUCCCAAUGUCCGCGUGAUGCUUCUUACUCUGCCAUGCGGCGCUGUUGGGAAUCCGACUUUAGAAGAGCAAGCACUUGCACGGAUUCAUCGAUUCGGCCAAAGUCGUGAAGUGAUUACUGUUCGCUUCUGCGUGCGAAACUCAUUCAAAGAGGCUAGCUGA